GAGAACAACAAGCAGAAUCUCCGCUUUUAUCUGGAAACCUUUGCGAAGACCUAUCACGACGAGGGCGGUCCCCUUCUUGACCUGGACAAGCUAGAAAUGAUGGUGAAGCUCACCGGACUGGGCAAUCUCCUGAAUAUGGUUGCUGCUGUCCCGGACUGCCUUCGACAGCUUCCCGAGAAGGAGUGGGCCAGCGUCAAGGAUCGUUUUGACGACAGGAUCACGCAAAACCUACAUGGAAAGAGUACUUUGCGGACAACUCUCCGAGCCAUGGAUAACGGUCUCCGCAUCAUCGAAGAGCUCGAGGUCGACAAGCUGCUGGAGCAAUGGGUGGAUGAGAUCUGGGUUGGCCAGCUGGGACGUCCGAAGAAAAGCGAUGAGAUGAUCUUCGGCUGA